UCAGCCAGCCAAUCGUGACACACAGCAGCAGUACAGCACCCAGAGCUCCCUCCCCAAUCCGCAUCGACUGGCCGCCACCCCCAUAGUUCCUGCGUUCGUCCACCUUCUAGUCCCACUCCAAGAUCCAGCUCAAGAUCCAGGCAGGCUCAGCCGAAGCCAGCCAUGUGCUGCAGCGAGUGCGGCUGCUACGACGCGUUCUGCGACUGCUGCUGCCCCUGCGUCUCCCACGACGCGCGCGAGACCAUCCUCUGCUGCGCGGCCUGCCUCGCCGUCCUCGCCGGCGUCGUCCUCUUCGCCGUCCUCCUCGCGGCCUACGGCUUCAUCCGCCACGCCGAGGUCGCCGUCACCGACGCCUCCCUCACGCGGCUCGCGCUGGCCACGGCCCCCGCCACCGCCUUCGCCUACAACCUCUCGCUCACGCUCACCGUCCGGAACAAGAACUGGGCCAUGAGCGUCAAGAACACCCAGCCGCUCGAGGCCGACUACAGCUUCGACGGCCAGCGCUUCGAGCGGGUCAGGCUCGCCGACGAGGGCUCCGCGCACCCCGCCGGCAAGACCCAGGUGUACCACCUCGUCUCCGGCUCCGACGGCGCCUACGUCGCGCUCGGCAACGCCGGCGUGGCCGAGUUCAAGGAGGAGAACAAGACGGGGGUGUUCCAGGUGGAGGUGGCGCUGUCGGGCGAGGUCAGGUACCAGGCGCACUUCACCAAGUGCAAGUUCCAGGCCAAGUGCCCGCUCAGGCUGCAGCUCGCGCCGCCCGGCACGCCGGCCGUCGUCUUCCAGAAGGUCAAGUGCAAGCUCGCUACAGCUGAUAAGAACUGCUAGUGAUUACUACGAUUCGUGGCUUCCUUUCUCGUUUCUUUUUUCUUCAGUAGUGAUUUCUGUUUGUAGAUUUUAAUCGGAGGAACCAACUGCAGGUAGAUUAGAUUCUCCCCAUUGGUAUGCAAACUGUUUUCUGAUUUUUUUUCUUCCAAGUAGAUUAGCGUUUCAACCAUGAAAAAUCCCUUGAUUGUUCUUGUGGCUUAA